AUGCAUGAAACAGAAGGUUCCGACAUAGCCAUCAGGAAAAAUACAAAUCAAAAGUACAAUGAGAUUCAGUUUCAUCCCAGUCAGAAGAAGGUCUACUAUCAAAAACCAACAACAAUGCUGGAAAUGAUAAAGGAAAGGACUCCUUAUUCGCUGCUGGCCCCAGCACAGUGUUUACCAGGGCAGUGGCAGUGGGGCGUUCCCCAGUCCCCUGCUUCUUCUGCUCCGUUCCUAUAUCUGCAACCUUCUGAGGUUAUUUAUCAACCAGUAGAAAUUGCACAAGAUGGUGGCUGUGUUCCUCCUCCACUGUCUCUGAUGGAAACUUCCGUUCCAGAGCCUUAUUCUGACCAUGGAGUUCAAGCAGCAUAUCACCAGGUUUAUGCUUCAAGUGCCAUUGCUAUGCCUGCACCUAUGAUGCAGCCUGAGCCAAUUAAAACAGUGUGGAGCAUUCAUUAUUAAGACAAUUGGGCAGCUCUAGUCCAGCUCAACUGAUUUCUUGUCCAUUGAUCCUUGUGUGACCAAGAUCCAGCUUCAAGGAACCGGCUAGAAGCUGCCCGUUGUGAAACUUAGGGUUAGUUAAUACCUCACCAUACUUAUUUAUUCCAUAAUAAGCUGUCUGAAUUUGGCAUUUGCUUUUACUGAUGUUUUACAAGUUUUAAUUAGGUAGAUGUGACAUUUGGCUUUAUAUUUGUUAGUUUAAUUGAAGUAACACUUCCUAGAUGUUUUAUCCAUUACAUAAAUAAUAACUAUAGCAGUAAUAGUGAGGUGUCUUUCAUUUUCUCUACUUGGUGUUACUUCUUUUAAUCUCAAAAGUUUUAGAAAUUUUGUUUUCUAUCUUUGAUAUUUAAACAGUUUGGAUAAGAGUCAUGUCUAAUAGAAUUUUAAUUCUCCCAUAACUUAUAGAAUGUACUAGCCUUAAUGGUUUCAUUUUGUCAAUUUGCUUUGCUGUAUUAUCACUUACUAUGCUUUGUUGAAUUUUUUUUGUUACUGCUACUCAUUUAGUGUUAUUUCUGCAUGGUUUUCUGAAUUUAAAUAGUAUUUAAUACCUUGUGCUAACAUCUUCCAAAUAUUAGAAAUACUACCAUGAUCAGUAUUCUUUUUUUUCAGCUUAUUAAUUGAACUAUAUGAAUUUUUUCUAAUAUUUCAGAUAAAAGUGUAACCUCAUACAUCAUCUAUUUGAUAUCAAAGUUUAUAUAAUGUUGAUCCACCUCAUAGAAUUUUUAUAAAAGAAGGGCUCACUUCUGACAUUAUAAUAUACUUUUCCAGUGUAUUAGUUCUCUUAAAAUGCUCUCUUCCUUUUCUCACUUUUACCAAUCUAUACAAUUACAUAUGAUUAAUUUAGUAAGACAAUUAUUUUCAUUAAAUGCAAAAUUAUUUCUUAUAUCAAAGGAAAACUGUAGAUUCUAGUUACAGGGCCAACUCACAUUAUAAACUUAGAAAAUGGUAGAAGAGAUUAAUUGUUCAAAAGAUGGAGGACAAGUCAUAUGUUUCUAAUCAGGAAAAUUUCUGUAGUAGGACAAGAAAUACCUCUUUUUAUAUUUAUUAGAAGUUCUUUCACUGGCUUGUUAACUUUAGAACAGAAAGAGAAAGGUCCAAAUAUCAACAUUACCCUAAUAAUUCUCCCUCUCCUCACCUGUCCGAGCCCCACAUGCAUUCCAUGCUCAGCAGCAGCAGUAAAAACAGAACUAAACCCCAGAUAUUUUCCCAUGAGUCAAAUAAGCUUUUUUCUUCUGAAACCAUAAUAAGUAUGUUUGUCAGUCAAAUGGUUUCCUGAGAAUGAUAGGACCCCAUUUAUAUAUACUGGCAUAUGAAUAUCUCAUGCACUAAUUAUUCUCAGUUUUAAAAUGUAAUAGACUAGUAAGUCCCAUAAUGAAACGUCAAAAGAAGAUUUUUGUUCUGUAAUUUAGAAAAAUUAUUAACCAGUGAUGUUAGAAAUCUUUUUAACAGCACUAUCCUUGAGAACAAAAAAGGUUACUGUUUGGUUUUUAAAGUGUUAAACAUGAUGCUAAACAAAUCCUGGACUGUUAAUAAAAAUUAAUGAUGUAUUAUAUUGAACAAAGAAUUCUGAUAAUAAUUAAUACCUAGUGUGUUUCUUUACAGUUAUAUAUACAUUAUAUGCAUACAUAUAAAUAUAAAUAUAUAUUAUGUGUGUGCUCAUAUACAUCAUAUAUACACACAUGCAAUUCAUACAUGUAUACAGUCUUGAAGUUAGCUUUAUUUUGAGAAAUUAAUAAAAACUUUGGAUUUACUGACAA